AUGUAAACAUUAUUAUUUAAAUUAAUAAUGAAGUUAAUAAGUGCAAUUUUUGUGAUAAUAUUAGCAAGUGAUUUUAAUUUAAUUAAGCCAGGAAUAGGAAUUUUUUUGAACGACUACUGUGACAAUUGGAAAAUUGACGGAAGGAUUAAGUUAGAAGGAAAAAUCGCUGUUGUUACGGGAGCUACGGCGGGAAUUGGCCUGGAGACUGCAAAGGAUCUUUAUGAACGCGGCGCUACAUUAAUAAUUCCAGCCCGAAACAUUCCAAAAGCUCAACUAGUCUCUGAAGAAAUAAAAAAAAGCUCUAAUUCGUCUUCCAGGCUGAUAAUUUACCAACUGGACCUCAAUGACUUCUCCAGUGUGCGCGCAUGCGCAGAAAAAAUUACUUCAGAGUUCUCGCAAAUCGACAUUUUGAUCAACAAUGCUGGAAUUGUAGUUCGCAAGUUCAAAAAAUCUAAAGAUGGCUUUGAGACUCAUCUUCAGACGAAUUACUUGUCGCCAUUUUUGUUUACCAUGCUGCUGCUGCCCUCUCUGUCGAGGUCUGAUCAUGCGAGAGUUAUUAAUUUGUCCUCUUUGCUUCAUUACGUCGGAAAAAUCAAUUUUGAGGACCUUAAUAUGGAGAAUGAAGAUUUUAAUGUCUGGGCAGCGUAUUCUCAGAGUAAACUGGCUAUGACACUGUUUGGAAAUGAGUUAGUGAGAAAAUUUGAAGAUAUCAGCGUUUCAAAUGUCCACGUGUACACUGCGGAUCCUACAAUAGUCCGAACAAAAUUAUUCGACGACUUUUUUCCCGCCGAAAUUACAAGUUUAAUUAAUCCACUGUUAAAAAACACGCGCCAAGGCGCAGGAACUACCAUUUAUUGCGCAACUAGUCCUCAACUUGCCAACCAAACCGGACUUUAUUAUAUAAACUGCGAUACAACAGCGCCAUCUCUGUACGCGUCAAAUCCAAGUCUUGCAAUGAAAUUAUGGGCCCAAACAAUAGAGCUCGUUGGUCUACCCAACAAUUAUUUGUCAACGAUUUUUUCAAUAUGAUUAUUAUUAUUUUAUUAUUAUAAUAAUCAUAUUUUACUAUGAAGAAUAUGUUUAAUUGCAAGGUAGAGGUCGAGGGGUAGGGGUAGAGGGGGAGGUUCUUUAUGCAUCAGUCUAGAAAAUGAGAGAAAGAGAGAAAAUAAAAUGUAAAAUGAAUGAAUUUUCCAGUCGUGCUCAGAGUUAGAGAAGAAUUAAUUACUGCUAUCAAUUAGCGCUAGCAAAUGACCUGGACUGGUGCAUAACCUUUCUUUUUGUUUAAACUGCGAUAAAUUUUUUGGAUGGAUUUUUAAAUUUUAAUAUUUAAAGGGAAAUUAGUCAAUUUUUUUAAAAAUAAUAUUUAAGUUUUAGUGGUAAUUUAAGGAUUGGUAAUCUUUAAUGUAAAAGUGGUGAUAACUCCUAAAAUAUUGAUUUUAAGAGAAAAUUAAUAAGAAAACAAAAUUGUAGCUUAGAAAAUUUUCUAUUAAUAAUGUUUUUUAACUAUGGGUAUAAUUUGAAUAUCUUACAAGAAAAAAAAUAAAUAGUAAAUUCAACAUGAUGAAAUCAUGCUGCAGGCACAUGAUUGACAUGUUUCGUCAACAUGACAAUCAUGUUACGGUAGCAUGAGAAAAAUCAUGUGGCAGCAACUUAAUUUGAAAAUAAUAAUAAUUUUAUUUUAUGACUUUUAUCACAAACCAAAGCUAUUAACAAUAAAAAUUGUAUAUAAUUUAAAUAAACAAAUAUAUCGUUGACAAAUUGUA